UCAACACACUUUACAAUCCCUCUCUCAGACGUUUGACAGAAAGGAGCACAGAAGCUCAAACAAUGAAAAUUGCUCACUCUUUGGCUGGAGUCCUGCUCCUCAUCAUUAUCCAAAGCAGCUGGCAGGUGCCUGACCAGGACACAGACCGAAACUCCAUGCUACUUACUGAAAACUCCCUGAUGACUGAACCCAUUGAGCUCCCAAACAUGAAGAGACAUUCAGAGGGGACAUUUUCCAACGACUACAGUAAAUACCUGGAGACAAGAAGAGCACAAGACUUUGUCCAGUGGCUAAAGAACUCAAAAAGAAACGGGAGUCUAUUUAGACGUCAUGCUGACGGCACCUACACCAGUGAUGUGAGCUCCUACCUGCAGGACCAGGCAGCCAAGGAGUUUGUGUCCUGGCUGAAGACUGGCCGAGGCAGAAGAGAGUAAACUCAAACUGAGCGCCCCAACAGCUCCCUAAAUAACGCGACAUUUCACACUGACUCUGUGCUAUUAUAUGUUUCACAAUCUGUACUAGCCUU